AUGGCGGGCUCCGGGGAGCGGGCAACUGCGCCAAAGUUGCGCGUCGCCUUCUUGCAUCCCGACCUGGGCCUUGGCGGCGCCGAGCGGCUGAUAGUGGACAUGGCGCAGGCGCUUGUCGACCGCGGUCAUGAGGUCGUCAUCUACACGUCCUUCCACGACCCCGAGCGCUGCUUCCCCGAGACCGUUUCAGGGGCGUUCGACGUCAAGGUCCGCGGCGCGUGGUUCCCGCGCGCCCUGGCGGGCCGCGGCCUCGCCGCCUGCGCGUACGCCCGCGCCCUCCUCGCCGCGUUCGCGCUCGUCCGCGAGGCCGGCAGCUCCCCGUACGACGUCGUAGUCGUCGACCAGGUGUCGGCCGCGGUGCCCCUCCUGCGCGCAGGGAGCCCCUCGCGCGUGGUCUUCUACUGCCACUUUCCCGACCUCCUCCUCGCGCGCCCCGCGUCGGCGCUGCACCGGCUGUACCGCGCCCCGCUCGACCGCAUCGAGGAAUCCACCACCGCGCAAGCACACCUGGUGUUGGUGAAUUCGAUCUUCACCCGCAGCGUCUUCCACCGGACGUUCAAGCGGGCGAGCGCUGCGGGCGUGGAUCCCGAGGUGCUGUACCCGUGCGUGGACGUGCGGGAACACAGCGCGCCGUGCACGGACGCGGACCUGCAGCAGCUGCCGCCGGAGCUGCUGGACGCGCGGCAGCGGAUGUUCCUGUCGAUCAACCGCUUCGAGAGGAAGAAAGGCCUGCCGCUCGCCAUCAAGGCGUUGGCGGAGUUGCAGAAGCUGCAUGGAAAGCAGCCGGUGCUGGUGUUCGCGGGCGGGUACGACACGAGGGUGUCGGAGAACGUCGAGCACCUCGAGGAGCUGCGGGCGCUGGCGGCGGACGCGGGCGUCGAGGAGGGCAAGCAGGUGUUUUUCGUGCCGUCGUUCACCAGCGCGCAACGGCGGGCGCUGCUGGCGCUGUGCGCGGCGGUGGUGUACACGCCCGCGGACGAGCACUUCGGGAUCGUGCCGCUCGAGGCCAUGGCGUCGUCGCGGCCCGUCAUCGCCUGCAACAGCGGCGGACCCCUCGAAACGGUGGUGGACGGCUCCACAGGGCUGCUCGUCGAGCCAGAUGCGUCCGCGUUCGCCUCGGCGAUGCAGACGCUCAUGGACGAGACGCGCGCGGCUGCGAUGGGCGCCGCCGGGCGCAAGCACGUCGCGGAGAAGUUCGGGAGGGAGAGUUUCGGAGCGGCCCUGGAAGCGCACUUGCGGGGGUCGCUAGCGCAGGCGGGCGGUGGCGCCGCGCGGGGCGCGGACGGCCGAGGAGGCCGUGCGCAUGACAAGUCUGACUAG